AUGGCCGACAGCACCCCGCCCGCUGACGUGGCUCCCGGAGGUGGAAACCGCGCGGAGGAGACGCGCAGCAAGAAAUGGCUACCGCUGGAAUCGAACCCGGAAGUGAUGAACGAUUUCGUGCGCAAGGUGGGCUUUCCGCCUACAGCGGGUUUCCACGAUGUCUUUGGGCUGGACGCGGAUCUGCUCGCCAUGGUGCCUCAGCCCGUGCUCGCGCUCCUCUUCCUCUUCCUGCUCCCUCCCGAGGAGCGGUCCAAAGAGCCAGAGCAGCAAGAGCAGGUUCCCGAGCAGGCAACUCUCACUGCUGAUCCAUUUUUCGUGCGGCAGACCAUAGACAACGCGUGCGGCACGAUCGCACUCCUCCAUGCCAUCGGCAACAACCAACACAGGCUCACUCUUGAACAGGGUUCUUUCCUCCAACAGUUUUUUGAGAAGACCAAAGACAUGACACCUGAAGAUCGAGCAGCCUACCUGGAAGCAGACACAUUACUGGAGAAGGCACACACAGAUGCAGCAGAGGCAGGCGACACUCGGCCCCGAAGCAUGCACGAGUGUGUGGAUUUGCAUUUUGUCGCCUUCGUGACCUCUGGAGGUCCGUAUUUCACACGCACUUAA